AUGGACACCCCGCUGGUCGCGCUGAUCGUCGUCGCCGGGACCUCACUCGCCGUAGCGGUGCCCUGCCUCCUCCUCGCCUUCCUCUGCCGCCGCCACAGCAGCAGCAAGAGCCAGCUGAAGCCCCGCUGCUGCUUGGCGGCGGCGUCAACGCUCCGGGUCUCCGCGCCCGCCGGGACGACGCCAGCAGACUGCCCGUCGUGGUCCUUUUACGGCACGGCCGCGGACGCCUCGCUGCUGAAGCUCUCCCUCGCCGACCUCGCCGCCGCCACCGGCGGCUUCUCCCCGGACAACAUCAUCGGGGACGGCAGCUUCGGGUUCGUCUACCGCGCCGUGCUCCCCGACGGCGCCGCGGUCGCCGUGAAGCGCCUCUCCGGCGACGGCGACGCGGGCGCCGGCAACCGCGAGUUCCGCGCCGAGCUGGAAGUGCUGGGCAGCCUGAGCCACCCGAACCUCGCGCGCCUGCUGGGCUACUGCGCCGCCGGCCGCGACCGCAUCCUCGUGUACGAGCUCCUGGAGCGCGGCAGCCUCGACGCCUGGCUCCACGGUGGCGACGCCGUGGACGGCGGCGGCACCAAGACGCUCCCCUGGUCCGCGCGGCUCUGCGUCGCGCGAGGCGUGGCCGCCGCGCUCGAUUUCCUCCACCAUGGCCGGCGCCCGCCCGUGCUCCACCGCGACAUCAAGUCCAGCAACGUCCUCCUCGGCGAAGGCUUCGAGGCCAAGCUCGCCGACUUCGGCCUCGCCAGGAUCGUCAGAGGAAGCCCUGCCAAAUCACACGUCAGCACGCAAGCCGCCGGCACCGCCGGGUACGUGGCACCGGAGAUAUGGGACGGUGUGGGCGCGACUGCGAAGGCAGACGUGUACAGCUUCGGCGUGCUGGUGAUCGAGUUAGUAACAGGGCUCCGGCCAAGUUGGCCGAUGAAGGCCAGCAUGGGCGACAAGGAGGUGAAUCUGGUGGAUUGGGCAAGGGAUAAGAUAGGUGCCGGACUGGCGUCGGAGAUCCUGGACCGUCGGAUGGGCAUCCCAGCUCAAGGGAAGGAGAUGGAGGAGGCCAAGGGGCUCUUGGAGAUUGCACGCAGGUGUAUCGACAGUGCUGCCAAGAACAGGCCCACCAUGGAGGAGGCUGUGGCCAUGCUCAGCAAGAUUUGA